AUGAAAGCUAAGAGAUGUGACCUCUGUGCUUUUCUGCGCUACUCCCAUGGCAAGAAAGUGCUGACGUCCCUGGGCUUGGCAGUUAAGCACAUGGACAACCUCAAGGAGACCUUUGCUCAUCUCAGUGAGCUGCACUGUGACAAGCUGCACGUGGAUCCUGAGAACUUCAAGCUCCUGGGCAACAUGUUGGUGAUUGUCCUUUCUACUCAUUUUGCCAAGGAAUUCACCCCAGAGGUGCAGGCUGCCUGGCAGAAGCUGGUGACUGGAGUGGCCAAUGCUCUGUCCCACAAGUACCAUUAAACUCCAUUCCCGUACACCAG